ACUCCUUCUCCCCCUCUCCCCUUCCCACACGCACACAUUCACCCCUCCUCCUCCUCCUCUCGUCCCCUCCCUUUCCACCUCCUUUACCCCCCCCCCUCCCAUACACACACACGCACACACAUCCACACGCACAGCCCCCGCCCAACCCAUCCACCGGAGAACGAAGACAUGGCUCCCUCCCUGAGCGAUCCGGUCACCCUAGCCGAGUACAGCCCGCUGUCAAUCCGGGGCGUGAACUUCGGCUCGACCCUUGCCGGUGGCGCGGCCACCAUCACCACGGUCAGCGAGGUGGGCGUGCUGCUGCAUAACAUCCAGGAGCGCAAGUGCGUCAACCAGUGGGCCAUCCCCCCGAGCGUGUCGUUCUCUUGCGAUGCGGUGCAGCACGUCGCCCAGCCGGGCCUGUUUGCGGUGGCUACCUCUGACGAUCGGAUCACCUGCUGGUCCUUCGGCAACGCCGAGUUUGAGAAGGCUCCGAGUGUGCAGAUGCCCGAGCCGAUCGAGAAGCUCGUCUCCUGGGCGGGCUCGGACUUCCUCUUUGCCAUUGGCAAGUCCGGCGCCCUCUAUGUCAUGCACAUGGAGUACGAUGCCACCGACCCGGCCACCAGCACCCCGACGGCCAUCCGCCUGGCCAGCACGCACACGAGCCUGGCCCCGGCUGGUGCCGAUGUGGCUGUCUGCCAGCUGAUCCCUGGGACGAACUUUUCCACGAUCCUCAUUUGGUCUCGCCAGGGGCAUCUGUUCGGCUACACCGUGCCGGCUGGGCGCAAGAUCGCCGGCCGUGUGGUGGCCCUCGCCCCGUUCACUCUGGAGUCCGUCGCCCCGGCCACCCUGACGGCGGCGUCGUACGACAGUGGGUCCUUCGCGGCGGCCUGGUCCGAUGGAACCAUUCAGCUGUGGGAGAUGAGCCUGGUCGAGAAGGUCCGCGAGCUGGCCCCGACCAAGGUUUCGAAUGCCAUCCUCGACUCGGCUACCCACAACUACACCCCCGCGGCCUCGCGCAAGAACAAGUCCUUCCAUCUCGGUCUGUGCAAGAUGGACCGCCUGCUGUUUAUCGUCAUCCAGAGCAGCCCCACUGCGCUCAUGCUGUGUGUCUUUGACACUGCCCAUUGGAUCCUGGUGCAGCAUGCCAUCCUGCCGACGCCGACCGAUGAGGUGGCCUCGGCGGCUGGGUCCGCGCGCACCGUGGCCCCCGGGCAGAUGCCGCACAUUUGCCUGCAGCAGCGCCAUGGCGCGCUGGCCGCCGUCGGAUCGCUCUCCGGUGUGGUGUCGUCCAUCCACCUGCAGCUGUCGGGCGCGCCGACUCUGCUGGACACGCUCGGCCUGCAGGACCUGUCGCGCAAGCACAUCUCCGUCCUGGAUGCCGAUCACCUGCCCGGCAUGAACUCGGUCCCGCUGGACAAGCUGAACAACCGCCGGUCGCUGUCGCGCUCGACCCUGGAGCAGCGCGAGAAGACUCUGCUGAAGGGGCUGUCGGCGGCCGACCUGUCGGCGGACGCCUUCUCAGCCAUCCUGCUGGAGUACUUCACCGUCAACCAGACCGCCUCGCCGCAGUAUGUGCGCCAGUAUGAUCCGGAUGAGUACUCGCGGUCGGUGCAGCCGUCGUCUUUGCAGACGCCGGCCAUGUCGCACCGGACCCUGCACGAGAUUACGCUUCUGGCCACGACGCGCUUUGCCACCUUCCCCUCCGCCGUGGCGGAUGUCCUCUUCUCCACGGGGAUCUUCUCCACCGCGCUGGCUCCCUUCCUGGUGGAGCGCCUGCUGACCACGCACCAGGCCCCGCUGCUGCAUCUGCUGGUUCUGAAGGUGACCGAGAUCGCCGAGGAGCACCUUGUGUCCAUGCUCCGGUACUCGCUUACUCCUCGGGGGGCGCAGAUCAUCAACAGCUUCUUCACCCGGGCCUUCGGCAAGGCCAUUUCCCGCAGCGCGCGGUCUUUCCCCAUUGACCAGGCUGCGCCGUCGAUCCUCUUCCAGGCCAUGAUCUUCUCGGCCGCCUUCAGCGAUGUGGCCCUGGAGCAGCACGUCAAGACCCUUGCACUGGACCAGGUUGAGGAGCUCCUCCGGAGACUGCUCAUCCUUCUGCAGAACACCCUGCGCGUGCACCCCUCCAAGAUGCGGAAGAUCUUCACCCAGUACAUCCGCAUGCCAACUGUCAACCAGCUGCUCGACUGGAUCAGCAUCCUGCUUGACUGCCACUACUCGCAGAUCAUGCUCAACCCCCAGAAGAAUGUGGCUUUCAUCCAGGACCUGCACGAGCUGGUGUCCUCGCAGAUUCACCUGCUCGAUGCAUACACCAGCAUCCGCGGGUAUCUGACUGGCUUCGAGGAGGCCGCCAUCGAGCGCACGCUGGAUGUGAUGACCGGCCGCGCGGCCUCCACGAGCGAGGCCGCCGCCGCGCGCAACCGCCUCCAUCGCCCGGCCUCCUACGAGGUGUUCUCGGAGACCUUCUGAGUGGCGGGCCCUGUCCAACAACCGGCCUGGUCCUUCUCCCCCUCCACUCCUCCCCCCCCCCCCUCCUCCAUGCCCUCGAGGCAUAGGGAGCCCUUCUUACCCCUCCCCCUCCCUCCGCUUCGUGUUCUUUCUCUCUCUCUCUGUCGCUUGGUCCCUGGCCUGGCCUUCCCUUUUCUCGCUCGCCCCUGGGCGCGUGUGUUUCAGGCUGGAAACCGCAUGAGGCACACAUGUGUAUUUUCGUGCACACCGGCUCGAGGAAUGAGGAGUGAGAGCCGAAGAACAAUGGAGGGAAAAAAAAAACACGAAAACCCCCGGCGCACGCCAGCCUGCUUUGUUCCUCUCGCGCGCGCCGCACACAAUAUAGAUGCCCUCUCUCUCUCUCUCUCGCCUCGGCGAAAAGGAGGUUCGAUGCCCAAACGGUGAGGGGGAGAGCGCGCAAGCAGCAAGGGCAUGUCGAGGGCGGGGUGUGUCCAUUGGUGUUGUUGGGGGUGGAGGACGGAGACGGAGUCCAUGUGACAAGGGAGGGGGGCAGGAAGUGCGUGCGCGUGUGCGUGCGAGAGAGACUGAGAGAGAGAGAGAGAGAGAGA